AUGCAACAAAAAAGCAUUGUUGAUUUUUUAUUAAGUCAAAAAAGGUAUCGAGUGCUGUGGUGGAGUUUUGGUCCAACUAUAUUUGAGUAUUUAUGUAAACAAAAAGAUUUUAAUGCUAAAGAGCUAUUGGAAAAGCAUAAGAAUAAUGUUGUGUUGGAAAAAGAGAGUUUAGCGUUACUUGCAGCACUUGGUGAAAUCAAAGCUUACUGGUGGUGGCCAUGGAGUGCUACAGUUAAAGAAGUUGUUUUAAGUGAAAGUCAAAAGGAAAGAGCAGAAAAGUAUCCAAGCUACUUUUUCUUACACCGGGUAGUGUUAGUGAUAUUUACCUCAGUGCUUAUCCAUCGUAUUGUUUUUUUUCAACAAAGUGGAGGUUAUAUGAAUAGAAAUCAACAAUUCAAUGAUUCUGAAGAAUCGUCAGCAGUACAAAUAGGACAACAUCUACCAGAAGCUUCAGGUAAUUUGGCAGCUCAAGAUGAUCAAAAACAAUUAAAUAUUCAACACUUAAGUUUUCUUGGAUCUGCAAUGGUUUAUAAUGUGGAAUUAGAAUGGGCAUUGCAUUUAAUGGGGUUUUCUUCGCAAACUUUAAGUGAAUUAGAUAAGAGCUUAGCCCGUGUAAGAGAGGCAAAUUAUAGUAAAGAAGCAAUGGAGGAAUAUGCUGCAUCUUUUAAAGAAAUAUUUACAGAUAAGUAUAGAGAGUUGGCACGGAAGGUGCAUUCAGAUAAGCAAGAUGCACGAAAUUUAUCAAACAUACAAGAUGAAAAAAUGAAGGACUUAACUAAUAUGAAGGAAGUCAUGAAUGGGUUAUAUGAAGCUUCAAAAGAGAAAAUAGCAGAAUUGAGAAACGUAACAAUUUGGCGGCAAGCUGAUUUACUUUACUGUCGCAAUGAGUUUUUAAAAAACGCACAAGAGCUUUUUGAAGGGCAUAAAACUAACCUGCCAAAGAUGAAACAAAAUUUUGAAAAAUUAAUCGAUAAUUACACUGAUCGUUAUCAGAAACUCUGGCUUGAUAAUUUGAGAGAUCUAAAACACAGGUGUGGUAAAGAUAAAAAUUUAAACAUUAUCAAAGAUGAAGUGAAAAAGCUGUUAAAAGAAGGUGCAAGACAACUCAUAGUGUUGAUUCAACAUUCAAAAGGGGCCCAUGAUGCUAUAUUGCUAAUUAAUAAAUCCAAAUUUAAGAAAGAGGAGAAACAAGAACUUAUAGCAGCGUUGAAAGGAUCGGAACAAAUAACUCCCGAUAAGUGCUUUAUCUUGCCAAUGAUGGUGUAUAGAGAUGUUAUGAAGCAAUUAUUCAGAAGCUAUUGUGCAGAAGGUAUGUUUUUGCAUGAUAUACCGUAUCUUAUAGAUGUAUUUAAGAAAAAUGCUGAAAUACCAGAAAGUAUAGAGUUUUACGUUAAACAAUACCUAAAUGAAUGUUCUCCUGCUAAGUUGCAAGAGUGGAGUGAAUUAUUAACAAAAAAGGAAGGUUUAGAUAGCUCUACAUGUUAUUAUCCAAUCAGAGAAUUUGUAGAUAAUGUUACGUACCAGAUAGAUAAGGUACUUAGUAGAUUGUUCGGACCAAGAAAAGCAACAAGAGGGGAAAUGAAGCGAGUAAUCUUGAUACAGAUUUUGGAUAGGUAUAUUGUGUGCUUGAAGGAAGAAUUUAAAAAAGAAAAGACGUGGUUUAAAAAGAAGGAAGAAGAAAUACAACAAAUACAAGAAGGUAUACGAGAAAAAGAUGAAAAAAUAAAACAAGCAAGCCAAAGGGCUGAGCAGGCUGAUCAAAGGGCUGAGCAGGCUGAUCAAAGGGUACACAGGCUGAAGAUAGAAAAAACAGCAAUGAAAUCAUUUAGAAGUGCAUUAAAAAAAUCAAAAUUUGAUGAUGAGCUAUAUAAUCUAAUUGAAGAUAGUGAAGAUGCAAUUGUGGAAGCAGUGACGGAGCAUGUCAUAGAGCACAACUCAUCACCGGAACAAAUACUGAAUGAAGUGAUGGGGAAGAUAGGGAAAAAUAAGGACGAUAUAUUAAGUGCAGAAGAUAGCAGUAACGCAAUAAAUGAAGUAAUAGAAGAUGCCAUAAGACGCUUUAUUGUCGGUCAAGUAACAAGAGAAAUGGCGGAAAAGGUUGAAGAACAAGAAACACUGAGAAAAAGAGCUAUAGAUUUAAUGCGUGAUGAUGCCUUUGGGAUACCUAUAGAAGAAAUAAGGCAGAAUCAAGAUAUGAUGAAAAAUGAGGAAAUGGUGCAGGAAAGACAACAAUCAAAUCCAAGUUCAUCAAUAAGUAACGUAAAUGUACCAG